UCGUUUUCAGUUCCUUAUUUUCGAUUUUAAAUUAUCAGUUCCAGAAUGACCGUCCUAACCAGCGCAACCAAGAGCGGCCGCUUGACGUCAUCGACGAUCACCUCGGUGAGCCGUAAGGGCAAGAGCACCAGCGUCGUCCAGAAGAAGUACAAAGAAUCGUACCGCGUGAUGGGUGGAUUCGAACAGCGACCCUGGACGCCGACCAAGCGGCGUGGCCCCAUUGCGGCGGAACAUCGUGGCCCAGGACCGCAGUAUCUGCUACCACAGCUGCUAGGUACGCGAGUUGUCGAUUCGAAGCGGGCGGCCGCACCCGCAUACAGCUUCGGUCAACGCCACAGACCCCGAACGGAGUCCUUCAGCCCGGGCCCACUGUACAACAUCACCGGGCUGGGAUGCAAAGGCAAAGACACCCCUCCGGCCUACUGUCUGCAGAGUCGACCCAAGGAAAUUCCCAAGUACCUCACUCCGGCACCCGGAGAGUACAACGUGGAAAAGUCGGACAAAAUGCUGGUAAAAUCGGCACCGCGGUACACCUUCGGCGUCAAGAAGCCCCCGAAAUCAACCAGCGAAACUCCAGCUCCCUGUGAUUACAAACCCGAAAAAGUAGUAUUAGAUAGCUCUCCAAGUUUUUCGUUCGGAAUCAGGCCGGAGGUGAAGAUUCGUAGCGAAACGCCAGCACCCGGUACCUACUCCCCGGAGAAAGUAUUACAAGACAAAUCACCAAAGUAUAGCUUUGGCCUCAAAGUGAUCCCAGAAAAGCACGAAGAAACGCCGGCGCCCGGUGCCUAUGAGCCGGAAAAGGCCAGCCAAGCCCUAGAUAGGAAACCAGCUUAUACGUUCGGAAUGAAAACAAUCAUUGAAAAACCUAACAACACACCAGCUCCUGGAGCAUACGAACCGGAAAAGGCCAAACUCGACAACACCCCGGCCUACAGUUUCGGAAUUAGGCCCAAUCUGGAUAAGCCAAACAACAAUCCUGCACCCUGUCAGUACGAGCCCGAGAAGGCCAAGAAACUCGAUCACUCACCCGCAUAUCCAUUCGGCAUGCGUAUCAAUCACGACAAGCCUAGCAAUACGCCUGCCCCCACGGCUUACGCAGUAGAGAAAGUAAAUCUAGACCAUCAUCCCGCGUACAGUUUUGGUCAGCGAACGAAAACCGACAAACCGAACAGCAAUCCAGCCCCGGGAGCGUACGCACCGGAAAAGGCCAACCUGGACGGGGCACCGAAGUAUAGCUUCGGCCUUCGACCGACAAUCGACAAGGUGAGCUGCGUUCCCGCACCAGGAGCUUAUUCUCCCGAAAAAGCCAAAUUAGAUAGCACUCCGUCCUAUAGCUUCGGAGCACGAAUCAAUCUCGAGAAACCAAGUGCCAUUCCCGGACCGGGAGCCUACGAUGCCGAUAAGAUGAUGGACAAAAACUCUCCGGCCUAUAGCUUCGGAGCGAGGACUAACGUUGACAAGAAGAGCGAUAUCCCCGGUCCGGGAGCCUACGAUAAUGAUAAGGUAGUAGAUAAGACACCAGCUUAUAGCUUCGGAUUAAGGACAAACGUUGAGAAGCCUAACGUAGUUCCGGGGCCGGGUGCCUACGAUUCGGAUAAGGUAGUAGAUAAGAGUAUGCCGGCAUACAGUUUCGGUCUUAGGACUAACGUUGAUAAACCUAAUACGGUUCCCGGUCCGGGAGCGUACGAUUCCGAUAAAACAGACAAGGGAGCUCCCUCGUACAGUUUUGGUGUCAAAACAAAUCUCGAAAGGCCGAAUAACGUUCCCGGUCCAGGAGCUUACAACUCGGAUAAGGCAACCGACAAGGGUACUCCGUCGUACAGCUUUGGAAUGAAGACAAAUGUUUCCAAACCCAACAUGGUACCCGGGCCAGGUGCUUACGAUGCAGAUAAGUCACUGGAUAAGAGCACCCCGGCUUAUAGUUUCGGGGUAAAGCCCAAUCUCGAUAAGCCAAAUACCAUCCCUGGGCCGGGAGCCUACGACUCUGACAAGGUAAUAGAUAAGACUACUCCUUCAUACAGUUUCGGCGUGAAGACCAAUUUAGAGAAGCACAAUAACGUUCCCGGUCCGGGGGCUUACGAUUCGGAUAAAGUGGUUGACAAAUCUACCCCUUCCUACAGUUUUGGAGUCAAAACCAAUGUCGAACAGAAGAAUACCAUCCCGGGCCCAGGAAGCUACGACAACGAUAAAAUUGUCGACAAGACUCUCGCUUACAGCUUUGGAGUGAAAACCAACACAGCCAAGGCAUUUAACACCCCAGCUCCCGGGUCAUAUUCCCCGGAGAAAUGCAACCCCGAUCACUCUCCUCAGUACAGCUUCGGAGUGAAAUCAAAUGUGGAAAAGAAGAACACCUAUCCGGGUCCGGGUGCCUACAACCCGGAAGCCGCAAAUUCCGACACAAUGCCUUCGUUCACAUUUGGAGUUCGUCCCAAUAUCGAUAAAAUCGAUGUCACUCCUGCACCGGGAAGUUAUUCGCCCGAGAAAGCCAAGAUUCAUAACCCAGCUUUCACGUUUGGAGUUAGGCCCAACAUCGACAAGAUCCAGCUAACUCCGGCUCCUGGAGCGUACAAUACGGAAGCGGUGAAGCUGGAUAGUACUCCUGCCUACUCGUUCGGAGUGAGGCCACAUGAGGAUAAGAUUCAAGUGACACCGGCUCCCGGGGCGUACGAAGUCGACAAGGUCAAGCUGGACCAUGGACCGGCGUAUCAGUUCGGUAUCAAGGUCAAUCGUGAGAAGGCGAACGAUGUGCCAGCUCCUGGAACGUACAACCUAGACAAAUCAAAACUGGAUCAUUCUCCUGCCUACUCGUUUGGUAUUAAGCACAAAGGUGAAAAGCUGAAGGAUACCCCAGCUCCUUCCGCCUACCAGCCGGAAAAGUGCAAAAUCGACGUCGCCCCAGCGUUCACGUUCGGCGUGAAGGUAAAUUGUGAAAAGUUCACUGUUAGCCCAGCCCCGAAUGAAUAUCACAUCCCAGACGUGCUCGGUUCAAGCAAAGAAGGCCCGAUCCGGUCGGCACCCGCCUACACAAUCGCAGGUCGGGCGAAAUCGCAACUUCCACAGUGUAUCACUUUCCCUGGCCCCGGUCAUUACGAUGCCAAAAUCGAUCCGCUGGUAAAGAAGGCUCCGAUGUUCUCGAUGGCCACCCGAUUCCGAAUGCCAACGGACGAAGCGAUGAAACCGGGCCCAGCGGCACACCAUCCGGAGAAGGUGAACCUAGGACACGUGCCGUCGUACAGUUUUGGGAUUAAGCAUUCGGAGUAUCUUGGACAGUUUCCAGAGCCGUCACGCUACCGUAACCAACUAAUCUUUUGAGUUUAAAAUAAGUUUGUUUAAUUUGCAGGAUUUUUAAAAAAUUUCAUUCGGCUUUAAUCGGCUUUUGCUUCAUAAGGUGCUACGAAGGAUUAUGUGUUUUUUUUUAUUUAUUUAAACGAAUCAAAUAUGAAUUCAUCCAGGGAAGAGUGCAAACAGUACGGUAUAAUUUUUUGCUCGAAGAAAUGGUGUUAUGAAGUUGGUAAGAUUAUUAGUUUUAUUUUUAUGAUUUUUGUUUUGUUUUGAUGAAUAAACAAUUAACUUUCAACUCUUACGA